CACGACAGAUAAAUAUUUGUGGCUGGUAUUUGGCAACCAGUCCGAGCGAAUACAGGACACGCGCCGAGUUUGUUUUGCCCGCUCCAUUCUAUAAAGUCAUAUUUAUUUUUGUGGAAUUAAGCGGGAGGAUUAUAUCGCAGGGAGGAGCGCGGGUGGAGGCUGUGUAUUUUGGGAUCAUAUUUGCUGGAUAGGAAUGGUGUAGGGCGAGGAGGCCCUGUAGAUGUGUGUCAUGAAGCUUCUCACUGCCUGAGUCUCUUCUUUUCCACAGGGACCUCAUAAAGGGAGCACUUUCUCAUUCAAAAUGAUGAUUCAUAAGCAGUCGGCCAGUACCUCCCCGGGCAGCGUUUGUUCUCUGCGUGGAGGAGAUGUUCCUGGAUCCUCGGCGGUCACUAUAGUGGCCAAAAUGGACAAUCAAGUGAUUGGAUAUAAGGAUCUAGCAGCUAUACCUAAAGACAAGGCCAUUCUGGAUAUAGAGAGGCCUGACCUGAUGAUGUACGAGCCCCACUUCAGCUAUUCACCGAUGGAGAGGUCAUUAUCUCCUCGUUCAAUCUCCCCUCCUCUAUCUCCAGAGAACAGUCUAUUAAAGGAUGUCUAUCAGAGGGAUUGGUCAGAGCCCAAAUCGUCAGGCAGCUCGUCUCCAGCGUCCACACAGCUGAGUAAAAGCAUCACCGUCAGCACAAAAGUCCCACACCAGCAACAGCACUUCCACAGGCCAGACAAUGGAAAAAACAUAUACAAGAAGCCACCAAUAUAUAAACAAGAUGUCUCAGCAGCCGUUCCACACAGUAAACACAUGGAGGACUUAAUCAUUGAGUCUUCAAAGUUUCCCGCCGCACAGCCUCCAGACCCCAACCAGCCCUCUAAGAUAGAGACGGACUACUGGCCCUGCCCACCCUCACUAGCUGUUAUAGAGAAAGAGCGGAGGAAGAGUGUGGUGUCCAAGGUGGCUGAGGGAGAGGAGGGUGAGGAGGAUGAUAAGUAUGAUGAGAGUGAUCUGUCUGAGGACAUGUGGAGACUUCGGCAAAUGCAGAAACAAGAGCUCAACAAGAUUCAAUCCAAUCUAGGAAAACUGAUACUAAAGGAGGAGAUCGAAAGCUCGGCCCCUGUCCGAAGGAAAACACGGUCUCUGCCUGACAGGACACACAUGCAUCUGGGUACAUUUCAAUCCUCCAAAUCCCCCUCAUUUCCUUCCUACACUAAGACUGGCCUGACUAGGCUCCAGUCUGCAGAGUUCUCCUCUUCAAACAGUGAUAAAGGGAGUCAAAGUAAGUGUGGGGAUUCUAUUCUAUUCUGUUCUAUUCUAUUCUGUUUUUCUUUUUCUUUCUUUUUUUGCAUUUGUUACACUUCAAUCAGAGUGGCAGUAUUAAGAGUCAUAAUUCUAUUCUAUUUUAUUCUGUUCCAAAGAAUAGAGCAAUUUUUUUGCCAUGUUUAUUUGGAACUUAAUCAGAGUUCCAGAAUUAAGAGCACUGAUCUCUAUUCUAUUCUAUUCCAUUCUAUUCUAUUCUAAUAGUGGACCAGUUUUUGUCAUGUUUAUUUUUACUUCAAUUAGAGCACCAGUAUUAAGGCACAAUUCUAUUCUAUUCUAUUUUACUUUUCUUUUUUUCAUUUGUUAUACUUCAGGCGGUGUCAUUAUCAAGAGUCAUAAUUUUAUUCCAUUUUAUUCUGUUCUAAAGAGUACAGCAAUGCCUUGUUUGUUUGAAAUUUAAUCAAAGGUCCAGUAUUAUAAGCACUCACCUCUAUUCUAUCUCUCUAUCUAAUAGUAGAGUAAUUUAAUAAAGAGUAAUUGUUGUCAUAUUUAUUUACACUUCAAACAGAGUCUCAGGUUUAAGAGUCAUAAUUCUGUUUUAUUCUACUCAAAAUAGUAAGUGUACAAGUAUUGUCAUGAUGUAAUCAUACUCUGAUCUAUUCUAUUCUUUUCUAAAUAGUAGAUCAGAUUUUUUUGCCAUGUUUAUUUUAUCAGAGCAAGUUCCAGUUUAAUGUUAAAAUGUCUUUUUAAUAUUUGUUACACUUCAGAGUGCCAGUAUUAUAAGUCAUAAUUCUAUUUUACAUUAUUUAGAGUACUGAUUUUAUAUAUAUAUUUUAUUAUAAAAUAUAUCAGUCAUUAAGAGUCAUAAUUAUAUUCUAUUUUAAAAGCAGAGUAUUUAGAAUGUAGUAUGAUUAUUCACAUUUUAUUUAGAGUGCCGAGAGUCAUUAUUCUAUUGUAUUGUGUUUUGUUGUGUUCUAUUCUCACCUUUUUUAAAUGAAUAUAAAUCAAAUUGAAUUAAAUGUUUUAUACCACAUGCUCAAUGUAUUAUUAUUUGUUUCUCUCUCUCUCUCUCUUAUUUUUUUAUUACAGAUUUCCAGGUAUGUAAGAGUUUACAUUAAAAUAAAUGUUUGUUUUUUUUAAACAGGUGAAUUUAUUAAUUUUAUUUUAAACCAACGUUAUUCAAACCCUUUAAGUAAGGAAUACAAUACAAGCCAUUCAUAUGUUGACAAUUGCAGUAUUAGCAUUUCAGAAAUAAUCAAAUAGUUUAUUAAGUCAAACUUUGCAACCCUCAAUCUCAUUAGUUUUACAACAUUUACAAUCAGAUUUUUGUAAUAACUGCACAAAUCCCAGUUGUGGUAUGUGGUCUUAUGGUGGUCUCCUCUCUUUUAUAGAAUGGAGAUGCCCAAAGCAGAAGAAUAGACAGAGGGAAUUCACUCCCUAGUAUGCUGGAACAAAAGAUUUACCCAUAUGAGAUGCUCAUUGUGACCCACAGAGGCAGAAACAAACUCCCUCCUGGUGUAGACAGGACAAGACUGGAGAGGCACCUGUCACCUGAGGAAUUCCAGAAUGUCUUUGGAAUGUCCAUAGAGGAAUUCGACCGGCUCUCCCUUUGGAAGCGGAACAACCUGAAAAAGAAAGUCUCUCUCUUCUAGUAGUCAGAGAAAUAUGUUCUUUUACAAACACUGUCACGCGUCUGCACUUCCGCUUGUGAAAACAGCACAGACGAUACAAGUUAAGGAAAGAUGAGGAAUGUGAAAUGAGGAAUGUGAUUAUGGAGCCAGCAAAAAAAAAAAAUCAGUUAUCCUUAUCGUUUGAUAAGCCCCAUAUCUGAUUGCAGCUAACAAUCAUAUCCAAGUCUUUAAUGUUGUCUCUUUUUCUAGUUGCAGCUACUAUGUCAGGACUUCACUGAGGUUACAGAGUCCUCUUCUGUGUGUGCUUAGUAAAGCUAUAAUGAUAUACACAGAUAAUAAUGCUACGAAUACACAUGAAACAGAUAUGAAUCACACCAGUUAUUUGAGCAGACCAAAUCCCUGCAGAACAUUUCAGAUGGAGCAGCAGGAAUCUGUGGGUUUAAGUCACUGCCACACUUUUCAGCCUUUAUGUGCUAAGCAUGAAUUAACAAACCUUCAGAAUAUGGGUCAAUGACUUUUUUUGGUCCAGAUUUAUUCAUUUGUUAAAAGUAGAUUUAAAAUGCAAUUCAUACAUAGAAAGAGUUGAAUAAACCUCUUCUAUGAUGAGCAUGAUUUUAUUUUCUGAAUUAAAAUGCAGAAUAAAAUUCAUAAAAAUGCAAGAACUGUCCUCAUAUAAAGAAGAAAAAAGAAUGAAAAUCUUAAUUAAGUGGUUUGGCAUAAUCUUUUAUUUUUAUUCUUUACAAAAACGUCUAAUAUUUUAACAAAACUGCUUCACUGCUUAUUAAUGUUUAAAAAAAUAUAUAUUUUGUUGCUAAAUCAAAAUUAUGUGGUUCAACCGACAUGCAUAAAAAAAAAAACAGGAAUUAGGUUAGUUCAGGUUGUAAAAUGUCAUGUGGUGCGACUGAAAAAUCUUCAUUAUGAUUAUGAAUAACAAUUCAUGAAAUUUCCUUACUUUAAAUUAAAAAUGUAAGGUAUAAACAUUUUUAAAAGCCAUAUAAAACCAGCAUACACCUUUACAAAGAAUACAAAUUGGCAUGUGUUUUAAACUAGAUUUUUUCAUAUAUAUAUAUAUUUUAUGGUGGACAGUCUUAUUUGUCAUUGACCCAUAUUUGUAAAAGCAGCUCAGUAUUUGAAUGAAGCAAAUCAAGUAAUGCUGAUAGUUUGUAAUUAAGUACAAUUUAUACUAGAGACUCAAGACGCACAUGUUGCACACCCUCAUUCCUUACACCUUAACACAAAUAUUACCCACGCAAAAUACCAGCGGUACAAUAUACAGGUAUAACAACAGCUGAUGAUUCUGAGUGAGAGUUUGCUGUUCCAAAGAGAGCUACUGUACAUUAGUGAGAGUUUACUGAAUAUUGGAUAUAUCCUGCAUGGCAAAUGUAUCCUGCUUUUCUUCAGUGAUAAUGGAUUGUGAAUUGUGGGUGUGAUCAAUACUUCUCUUCUGCAGGAUGUAUUGAUCGAAUAGUUUCACUCGCUCCCUCUAUCUUAUCGUCUUUUCUCUCCCUCCUCCCCGUUUUGCUGCUAUUGCCUUUUAAAGCACCUUUACUGUUUUGGUUUUAUCCUCUUUUGUUCUUGAUGGGUGGAAAUGUUUUUUAUAGUGUUCCUGUUUUAUAGGAUAAGGAUAGGUAUGAUAUAAAGGGAUUUCAGAUGUUAGCACCUGACGGAUUGAUUUCGCAGCCCUGGUUUUUGCUUUCUGUAGAUUUACAAAUACAGGGUUGAGCAGAAUUCAGAGUUAAAGAGCUUUUCAGUGCAUGAAUGUGAAUUUGAAUUGCAUGGGUCAAGACCCACAGGAUGUUAAAUUGCAAUUAGAGGAAGAUGAAUUUACUAAACUGCAAUUUAAAAUAAAUGGACGCAUUCACACAGCAGUGAUAUUUAAUUGGUCCACAUUUUGCAAAAAAGAAAGCACUAUUUUAUUAAUUAACUAUGUUAAUUAUAAUUAUAUGAAAGAUAAUUAACUUUCAUAUCGACUAAUUAGUCAAAAUCUUAAUUAAUUAUUCAUAUUUAAAAUAAUUACAAUAUAUAAUUUAUAUUUCUAUAUAUUAUAUAACAUUUUGUAUAUACAGUGUAUAAUUUAUAACAUAUAUAACUCAAUGUUAUAUUCAAUAAAAUGUUAAAUAUAUAUCUAAAUAUACAUUAUAUAUUAAAUAAAUGAAUUAUAAUUAAUUAAAUCAAUAUUAUUAUGCAGUGGUAAGACAGAAUGUAUAAAAACUAGGAGUCGCAUGAUUUUUUAUUUCAUUUUAAUUCUAUGUUUUAAAAUUCAAUUGGAAUUUGAAAGGCAUUCCCAGUUCUGUUCCGAAUGGCACACAAACCUGCAGUUUAUAUAUUCUUCUUGCCCACGUCAAUAUUAAAUAUUAAUUUCUAUGCUUUUAUUGCUCCAGUGACCAAAUGAAGUGCUUGGAUAGAGUGCAUGCUUUGUAUCCAGAGUUUGUACCUAAUAAAACAGAACAAAAAUCUUAUAAGAACAAAACAAUCACUUAAAAGCAACACAUAUAUUAACUUGAGAAUGUACAGUAGAAGUACAAAUAUAGACAUUCCACAUUCAUUUUUGUAGAAGCACUACUCAAAAGGAAAUAUGUGGCUGUAUGCAUAUUAAUGCAUAUUAACAAACCCAUAGUAUUAUUUGUUGUUUUAAUGGCUGUUCUUUCAACAGAACAUAUUUUAUGUGAACACAAUUACACUUCUGCCGUUUGAAAUCUUUUCUUGCGUGACUGAAUGGGCACAAACUCAUCACAAUGAUCAAAUGAUCAUCACAAUACACAAUAAUCAUGAAAUUAUGUUACUUAUCAAUCAUGUUUUUUUAUUUUUUUUAUUUCAGUGGCAGCUUACGUUUUUCUGGUCUGAAAAUAUUUGUGGCUUCAGAAGUCAGGCCUUCUUUAUGAAAUACAUUUUGCUAGGAAUAUUCUGCAGUGAGGCACUCAUUACUACAUCCUAAAGCACUUGAUUCACUCUUACACACCUAAAAGAAUGAAUGUUUGCACAAUAAGAAAAUAUGCUCUUUUAACCCACAUGUACAUGCAUCUGACAAUUUUCAUGUGAAAAAUGUUCCAAAUAUUAACAUAUAUUCAUUUUUCUCUACUUCAUGAAUAGUGCUUUUCUUCUUUUCAUUUUUUUUUUUAAAUGUGAAAGUGUGAUGAAUGGGGAAAAAUAAAAUGGAUUUAUUAAAGUGAGUGUAUUGUUAUGAUUUUAUUAUUAAUAUCAGUGGUAUUGUUGUUUCAUUAUUUUUGAUUUGUUAGUGGUUUUCUAAUGAUUCUAACAGAUCAUUUGAAUGAAUAUUCAGUUCAAUAAAAUGUAUGAUUUUAACAGCA